AUGCGUUUGAUUACAUCUCAGCCGGAGGAGAGAGCUACAGCUUCUAAGGAAGUAUCAGCUGUUAUCGAUUCGCUUAAGAAGAAACUUGCAGCUGAUCGAUGUAUAUCAAUAAAGAAAAGGAUUGAUGAAAACAAGAAAAAUUUGUGUGGCAUUACUCAUAGCUUUAUGAGGUCGUCCAUGGACAGAGGAGGUAGCUGUAAAGACGGUAGUGAUCUCUUAGUUAAGAGGCAAAGAGAUACGCCCGGUAUGAAAAGCGGAAUCGAUGGAAAUGAUGCAGAUAAGAAUAAUCAUAGCUUCUUAGAAGAUGGAUAUUCCAACUCAAUGAUGGCUCAAGGAUCUAGCGUCCCUGUUAAAAUUUCCUUACGCCCAAUCAAAAUACCUGAUAUCAAACGUUUGUCACCUUAUACCACAUGGGUUUUUCUGGAUAGGAAUCAAAGAAUGACUGAAGACCAGUCUGUAGUGGGUCGAAGGAGAAUUUAUUAUGAUCAAACUGGCGGGGAAGCACUCAUUUGCAGUGAUAGUGAAGAGGAGGCGAUUGACGAGGAAGAUGAAAAAAGAGAGUUUGUCGAGCCUGAAGAUUUUAUUAUUCGCAUGACCCUUCAGCAACUAGGUCUUUCAGACUCUGUCUUGGAGGAACUGGCAAAUUUCUUGUCCAGAAAUUCUAGUGAAAUCAAGGCAAGACAUGAAGUGCUUAUGAAGGAAAAAGAAGUAUCUGAGAGUGGCGAUAAUCAAGCAGAGAGCUCCCUUCUCAACAAAGAUAUGGAAGGAGCAUUAGAUUCUUUCGAUAACCUGUUCUGCCGUAGAUGCCUUGUAUUUGAUUGCCGGCUGCACGGGUGUUCACAAGAUCUUAUAUUUCCUGCUGAGAAACCAGCUCCAUGGACUCCUCUUGUAGAUGAAAAUCUAACCUGUGGUGCAAACUGCUAUAAAACGCUUCUCAAGUCUGAAAGAAUUCCGGGAUAUGGCACCAUUGAAGAUAAAACUGGCACUUCAUCAGAUGGUGCGGGAACUAAGACCACAUAUAAGAAGGUCUCCAGCAAACUUAAUAUGAGAAAACCAAAGACCAUCCCUAGUGAAAGUGCAUCGUCUAAUGAAAAGUGCACGCCAGAAACAAGUGACUCAGAGAACGGAGUUCAGCAGGAUACCAAUUCUGAUAAAGUUGCAUCAUCGCCAAAGGUGAAAGCUAGUGGUAAACGGGGAGGUCGUAAGAGAAGCAACAACCGAGUCACUGAGCGGGCUCCUCAUAGGACUCAAAAGAGGCAAAAGAAGGCAGAGGCCUCAGAUACUGAUUCCAUUGCCAGUGGAAGUCGUUCAUCAAGCGAUGCAAAACAUAAAGAAAAUGAAGAUGCUACUUCCUCUUCUCAGAAACAUGUAAAAUCUGGUAACUCGGGGAAGUCAAGAAAGAAUGACACUCCUGUAGAAGACUCCAAGAAUUCUGUGAAGGACGACAAUCCUGCUUCUGAGCUUGAUGUGCGGUGUAGCGAUGAAAGUUUAGGGAAAGAAGAGUUUGUGGGUGAAAAUUUAUAUCGAGGAGGAUUGACUGAAACUAAAUUGUGGAGACCGCUUGAGAAAAGCCUUUUCCAAAAAGGUGUUGAGAUUUUUGGAAUGAAUAGCUGCUUGAUUGCUAGAAACCUUUUGAGUGGUUUCAAGUCAUGUUGGGAGGUCUUCCAAUACAUGACUUGCCCGGAAAAUAAAGCUUCUUACUUUGGAGGUGAUGCACUGAAUCCCGAUGGCUCUUCCAAGUUCGAUAUCAAUGGAAAUUUGGCCAAUAACCAAGUGAGGAGAAGGUCAAGAUUUCUACGUAGAAGAGGCAAAGUGCGUCGCUUGAAGUAUACUUGGAAGUCUGCUGCAUAUCAUUCAAUUAGGAAAAGAACUACUGAGAAGAAAGACCAGCCGUGUCGUCAGUUUAAUCCAUGCAACUGCAAAACUGCUUGCGGGAAGGAAUGUACUUGUUUGUUAACUGGGACUUGCUGUGAGAAGUACUGCGGUUGCCCAAAGAGCUGCAAGAAUAGGUUUAGAGGUUGUCAUUGUGCCAAAAGUCAGUGUCGAAGCCGUCAAUGUCCAUGCUUUGCUGCAGAUCGGGAAUGCGAUCCGGAUGUUUGUAGGAACUGCUGGGUUAUUGGCGGGGAUGGUACCCUCGGGGUUCCUAACCAAAGAGGUGAUAACUAUGAGUGCAGGAAUAUGAAAUUACUCCUAAAACAACAACAAAGGGUUUUACUUGGAAGAUCUGAUGUUUCUGGUUGGGGAGCUUUUUUAAAGUUUGUGCUAGAUGCUUACAGGAAAGGAGACAAACUGAAAUUCGCCAACCAUUCGCCUGAACCGAACUGUUACGCAAAGGUCAUUAUGGUUGCUGGAGAUCACAGGGUGGGGAUUUUCGCUAAGGAGAGGAUAAUGGCUGGAGAGGAACUGUUUUAUGAUUACCGGUAUGAGCCAGAUCGAGCUCCGGCUUGGGCUAGAAAACCUGAAGCUUCGGGUUCUAAGAAAGAUGAGAAUGUUGCACCUUCUGUUGGUAGACCCAAGAAGCUUGCUUAG